AAAACUUGUUUCCGUUGUGUUGUGCUGUGCUGUUGUUUGUUUCAGUUUUUGUAAAAUAAGUAUUCUACUUUCUCCCUAUUUACUAAAUUGAACUAAAAAUGGAAGGAUUUGAUGACCCUGGUGUCUUCUUUUCCGAUAACUUUGGAGUAGAAGAAAACGAAAGUCAAGAUCAGAUUAACCUCCAAGCGGUGAAGAAAAAGUUCAAAGAAUUUAUGCGACAGUUUCAUACUGACAAUUUUGAUUUUAAAUACAGGGAUGCCCUUAAACGUAAUUAUAAUUUGGGACAAUUUUGGGUAGAGAUAAAUGUUGAAGAUUUAUCUAGCUUUGAUGAAGUUUUAGCUGAAAAACUUUAUAAGAAACCUACAGAGCAUUUGCCCAUUUUGGAGGAGGCUGCAAAAGAGUUGGCUGAUGAACUAACAGCACCGAGACCCGAAGGAGAAGAAAAGGUUGAGGAUAUACAAGUUCUACUGUCUUCUGAUGCUCAUGCCUCUAAUUUGAGAGAAUUAAAAUCUGAAACUGUGUCCAGGCUUGUGAAGAUACCUGGUAUAGUAAUAUCUGCCUCUGGAAUUAAGGCCAAAGCCACCAAAAUUUCAAUACAGUGCCGCUCUUGCCGUAACGUCAUUCCUAACUUACCUGUACGGCCUGGUCUAGAAGGAUAUAUUUUGCCAAGAAAGUGUAACACGGAGCAAGCUGGUCGCCCGAAAUGUCCUUUAGACCCAUAUUUUAUUAUUCCAGACAAGUGUAAAUGCAUUGACUAUCAGGUACUGAAGUUACAAGAAACUCCUGAGAGUAUCCCUCAAGGAGAAAUGCCUCGUCACUUGACAGUAUACUGUGAAAGAGUACUUUGUGAAAAGGUUGCUCCAGGGGCCAGGGUCACAGUCCUAGGAAUCUACUCUAUCAAGAAGAUCGCAAAAAUUGGGAGAGAAGGCCGUGAUAAAGGCUCAGUAGGAGUUAGAUCCUCAUAUGUUCGCGCCGUGGGGCUUACAGCCGAAGAAGCUAUUACAGGGGGCCUGCGCCCCUUCACCGCCGAGGAAGAGGAACAGUUCAGAAGAUUGGCAGCGUCGCCAGAUAUAUAUGAGCGGAUCGCCAGAUCUAUCGCGCCUAGUGUCUUCGGAGCUGUUGAUAUGAAGAAGGCUAUUGCCGCUUUGUUGUUUGGAGGUUCUCGCAAAAGACUCCCUGAUGGUUUGACCCGUCGUGGUGAUAUCAACAUCCUGCUCCUCGGAGACCCUGGUACGGCUAAAUCCCAACUGCUAAAGUUUGUGGAGAAAGUCGCUCCCAUUGGAGUCUACACGUCAGGAAAAGGUUCCUCCGCGGCCGGUCUCACCGCCUCGGUUAUACGUGACCCCGGAAGCCGUAACUUCGUAAUGGAAGGCGGAGCGAUGGUACUGGCGGACGGCGGCGUGGUCUGCAUCGACGAGUUCGACAAGAUGAGGGAGGACGACCGCGUGGCCAUACACGAGGCCAUGGAGCAGCAGACCAUAUCCAUAGCCAAGGCCGGAAUAACCACCACCCUGAACUCGCGUUGCUCCGUGCUGGCCGCUGCCAACUCUGUGUUCGGCCGCUGGGACGACACGAAGGCGGACGACAACAUCGAUUUCAUGCCCACCAUCCUCUCCAGGUUCGACAUGAUCUUCAUCGUCAAAGAUGAACACGACCAGUCGAGAGAUAUUACGCUAGCAAAGCACAUAAUCUCAGUCCACAUGGGUGGCGACACGUCCCACGAGGCAGUGGGCGAGUUGCCCCUGAGCCUGCUGCGGCGGUACGCGGCAUACUGUCGCGCUCGCUGCGGGCCCCGACUGUCCGCCGCCGCGGCCGAGAGGCUGCGAGCCAGAUACGUGCUCAUGCGCAGCGGCGCCGCCAGCCACGAGCGACACGCCGACCGACGACUCUCUAUACCCAUCACCGUCAGACAAUUGGAAGCCAUUGUGCGCAUCUCGGAGUCGCUGGCCAAGAUGCAACUGCAGCCGUUUGCCAACGAGGCGCACGUGGCUGAGGCUUUAAGAUUGUUCCAGGUGUCAACUCUCGAUGCCGCUAUGACAGGCAGCUUGGCUGGGGCGGAAGGCUUCACCUCCGAGGAAGAUCACGAGAUGCUAUCCCGGAUAGAGAAGCAGCUGAAACGACGGUUCGCGGUCGGCUCUCAGGUGUCUGAGCAGACCAUCAUACAGGACUUCCUGCGACAGAAGUACCCCGAGCGAGCCAUACAGAGGGUCAUACACGCCAUGAUACGUAGAGGGGAGCUGCAGCAUAGAUUGCAGAGGAAGAUGUUGUAUAGGCUGUCGUGAUUUCUUAAAAUGUUGAUCAUGUGUGAUAGAGUGGCGAUGAAAGUUAUGUAUAUUAUUUUUUAGUGUUGCCAGUUUAUUACUAUUUUAGUUGAUAUCAAAUUGGCGGGACCUUUAUAGUCUUUUUUUUUAAAGUCUUUGUUAUUUUGUUGAAGGGAAAAAGUCUUUUGUAUAAAAUUCAGGUCUCCCGCUCAAAAAAAUUACAAGUAAACAAAGAUUUCCACCAUGUACCAUCUUUUAAGACUUAAUAAAAUUUCUAUUAUGCAGGUUAUUACAUUUGAAUUUUCGCCGUCACUUAAUAUGUUGAAUUGUAAUCUCAAUCAAAAAUAAAUAAAUACAUCAUCAAUA